AUGAACAGCAGAUCUCGCCCCGCUGCAGCUGCGGGACGUCGGGCUUCACUCAGAGUUCCCGGCUUGCUCCACCGGGUGAGGAUGUGCUUUCGGUUUUGCCCGGGGACUAAGGCGGUGGAUCCCGGGCUGGGCCGGGGCGGGGCGGGGCGAGGCGGCCGGGCGCGGUCUCGGGUAGAGACGAGUGGGCGGCCCGGGGACUUAAUUCGAAAGAGUUUGCCUGGAGGGCUACACGUGAGCCGAGCCGCUGCUCCAGUGCUGGCCAUGGUGGCCCCAUGCGGAGAGCCCAAGGAUAUCUUCCUCAUUGCCACAUUGAUUGGCCUCAGCCAGCUCCAGUGGGCCACGAGCCUUCCUGUGCCCCAACCCGAACCCAGCAUGCCUCAGUGUCUCACAGCCUCCAAGAACCUAGUGGAGGCUACAAAUGAAAUUCUCCAGAAGUCAAGAAAGAUACUUGAGCUUUAUCCUUGCUCCUUGGAAGAAAUUGAUCACGAAGAUAUCACUAAAGGCAGAAGCGACACCGUGAGGGCUUGCUUGCCCCCAGAAUUCAUCAAGGUAGAGAUGACAUCUGGGUUUUGUUUUCCUCUUCAAAAGAAUUUCAUUUGUAACCCAGUGGGGCAGAGCUUGAUCACUAACGUCCUCUUCUCUGAUUCUAGAACGGAAGUUGCCUGGUUUCCAGAUUUGUGCCUGAGAAGCAUCUAUGAGGACCUGGAGACCUACAAGGCUGAGUUUAACGUGAUCAAGAAAACUCUCACAAAGGACCCUGCCAAGCAGAUUUCUGUGGAUCUCAACAUGUUGGCUGCCAUUGAGGAGAUGAUGCAGGCCCUGAAUUUCAACAGCAAAAAUGUGCCCCUGAUCUCUUCACCCAAAGAAUCUGACUUUUACAAGACUAAAGUCAAGCUCUGUGUCCUCCUUCAUGCCUUUCGAACCCGGACCGUGACCAUCGAUAGAAUGAUGAACUACCUGGCUCCCUCCUAAGGAGCCCAUCGUCCAAUGGCUUCAUGGGCAUUGGGAUAAGAGCAAAGCCUAGUUCUGAAGAGCAUCACCAUUAUUGAAAUCCCAAAGGAAUUCCUAUGAUUCAUUGACCAAUCACAGUUUUUCUUGAGAAAGGGUUGGGGAACGAGGGAAGGGGUGGGAAUGGCUGGGCUCAAUUGCAUCUCACUUAAAUUAUUCUAUUUAUAUUGCAUGUGUUUACAUUCUCCAUGGCGCAAUCCAUGAAGGUUGUGGCCAUCCUCAAUAAGAGCCAUUAUUUGAUUACUUUACUAGGUUUACAAUGGAUGGAAUCUUCUUGGUUUUCUUGACUAGAAUUGCCGAUGACUUUGAAUGUUUUGACCAAAUAUCUUCCUCUUUUUUUUUUUACUUUGUUAGACAAACCAGGUAUUUAUAAGCUAUUUCUGUACCCAAAUGUUCUCGGAAUUGUGGAACACUUUUGAAUGUAUUCAGAAAUAUUUAUUCAGAAUUAUUUAUUCAGAAUUAUUUAUUUAUACCUUUAGAGGUUAUUGUGGAAACAUGCUGAGAAGUAACUUAUAUUUAUUUAUAUUUAUUCAAGUAUUUAUUCUCC